AUGACGUUGAAGAAAAAGUAUUCUGCCUUAUGUGAGACAUUAGUUCAAAGUGGUUUUGGUUGGCAUGAUGAACAAAUGAUGUUGGUUUGUGAUAGAAGAGUAUAUGAUGAAUGGGUGAAGAAAAGAAAUGAGGUAAGUGGAUUGUUUGGGAGGUCAUUUCCAUUCUACUAUAUAUUUGGUGAGAUAUAUGGAAAGCGUCGUCCCAUUGGUGCAAAUGUUGGCAAUGUUGAUGAUGAAGAAGAGGAAAUUAGACGAGAGGAUGCAAACAUUGAUCAAACUCUAGGUGGAGAUAAUGAUUUUGAUGAAAAUGUGAAUCUGAAUGUUGAUAAGAAUAUGGAAUCAGAGUUUGAUGUAUCAUUUAGUACCCAACAACGAAGACUCGCACAAAGUUCCCAAGUGUUUCAGGUCAUGGACGUAGGGUGA